GAGAAGGUUACCAUUGCACAGCUAAGGAAACUGUGCCUGCUGACAGGAACCAGUGCGUGUUCAGAGUGUGUGAUUUUGCGUUAUUGGUUGGCUGAGUACUAACUCGAGAGGUAGGAAGCGGUGGAGUGAAGUCGCAGAUCAUCGCAAACAUCAGACAGGAUCUGACGAAUAAGUCGUCGUUGACGAGACGAUUGCCUAACGAUGGUGAUAAGUACCGCAUCAUAUCUGUUGAUAUGGGGUUGAAGAACUUUGCGCUGACGAAGCUGGCGUUGAAUAAGAGAUUGCCCUUCAACACGGUACCGAUGAUAACUGAAUGGGACAAGUACGACGUUCAGUUGUGGGCAAACGUUGGCACAGACGACACCUUUGAGCCUCAGAAGUAUGUUGAGCCAUGCUACAGACUCGUGAAUGAAAUACUGCUACCGAGAGGAGAGCCUCUACCUGAUGCUCUGCUGAUUGAGAGGCAGAGAAGUCGUAGUGGUGGUAGUCCAGUGGUUAAUGAGUGGGUAUUUAGGGUUAACAUGCUAGAAGCCAUGGUGCACUCCAUGGUGUAUUCGAGGAUUUGUGAGGAGAGGAGUAAAAUCGAAGUUAUAAGUGCAAGUCCUCAAAGGAUGGGCUACUAUUGGAAACCUCUGGACGACGAGGUUAAGGGAAAAGUUGCAAAGAAAUUCCGGGUGGGCUAUGUGGAACAGCUCCUUGCUGAUUUCGUACAGUCAUCUGAUCCAAAGAUCAGUGUCGAUCCACAUUUUGCAUUGCAGAAGUUCUCUGGUGAUUAUCUUUCCCAAGUAAUGAACUCUUCGCAGAGCCAUUCUCGAGGCACAUUUGGUGCUGAGAAAGGAGAUGAUCUGGUGGACGCUCUGUUGCACGCAUUGGCCUGGAUCCAAUGGCAAGCCAAUAAAACUGUCAUGAAACUGGAGUUCAUCAGCGGAGUGGAAGAUGCCAUGAAGAAAGUUGACGAGUUGUACCAAUCACACACUGAACAGAUGGGUAACGCAUGGAUGGCACAGCAAAACAAGGCUAAGAAGGGCAAGGGUAAGCCAACAGUAGCCACUACUAAGCAUUCGCUGAAGUACGAUCCCAAUGCUACAAAGGCUGUAGAGCAGGAGUUGGAUAGUAUAGAGAAAUGAGCCUGAACAUAUAAUAAGUGCAUUCCAUUUUG